CGCGCCGCAGCCGCCUCCGCCGCCGCUCAGCUCCCCGGGCGCGUCCAGCAGCCGCUGCGCCAGCGCGCCAUCCCCGGGCCCGCGUGCGUCCCCGCGAGGACAGCGACCCCGCCGCUGCCGCCGCCUCUCGGGCCCGCUUCCUGCCCCCUUCGCACCGCCGGGCGAGGGUGCCCAGGAGCAGGCCGAGGCCGCGCUCGCCCCCGGCCCCGCCACCCUCCCGCCGCUUUGCGCGCCAUGGACGCCCCGGAGCCGCAGCCCGACCCCGACGGCGGGGACGCCCCAGGCCACGAGCCCGGGGGCAGCCCCCAAGACGAGUUCGACUUCUCCAUCCUCUUCGACUAUGACUAUUUGAAUCCUAUCGAAGAAGAACCGAAUGCACAUAAGGUCGCCAGCCCACCCUCCGGACUCGCAUACCCCGAUGAUGUCCUGGACUAUGGCCUCAAGCCAUACAGCCCCCUCCCCAGUCUCCCGGGCGAGCCCCCCGGCCGAUUCGGAGAGCCGGAUAGGGUAGGGCCGCAGAACUUUCUGAGCGCGGCCCAGCCAGCCGGGGCCUCGGGCCUGAGCCCUCGGAUCGAGAUCACUCCAUCUCACGAACUGAUGCAGGCAGGGGGCCCCCUCCGCGGGAGAGACGCUGGCCUGCUGGGGGAGCAGCCGGCCCUGGCCGGGGCGGCCGCCAGCCCGCGGUUCACGCUGCCCGUGCCCGGCUUCGAGGGCUACCGCGAGCCGCUUUGCUUGAGCCCGGCUAGCAGCGGCUCCUCUGCCAGCUUCGUUUCCGACACCUUCUCCCCCUACACCUCGCCCUGCGUCUCGCCCAAUAACGGCGGGCCCGACGACCUGUGCCCCCAGUUUCAAAACAUCCCUGCUCAUUAUUCCCCCAGAACCUCGCCAAUAAUGUCACCUCGAACCGGCCUCGCUGAGGACAGCUGCCUGGGCCGCCGCUCGCCCGCGCCCCGUCCGGCCUCCCGCUCCUCGUCGCCUGGCGCCAAGCGGAGGCAUUCGUGCGCCGGGGCCCCGGUCGCCCCGCUGCCCGGAGCCUCGCCCCAGCGCUCCCGGAGCCCCUCGCCGCAGCCCCGGGACGACGGCGCCCCCGCCGGCUACCCCGCCGCGGCCGGCUCCGCUGUCCUCAUGGACGCCCUGAACAGCCUCGCCGCCGACUCGCCCUGCGGCAUCCCGCCCAAGAUGUGGAAGACCAGCCCCGAGCCGGCGCCCGUGUCCGCCGCCCCGCCCAAGGCCGGCCUGCCCCGCCACCUGUACCCGGCCGCCGUGGAAUUUCUGGGCCCCUGCGAGCAGGAGGAGAGGAGGAACUCGGCCCCCGAGUCCAUCCUGCUGAUGCCGCCCACGUGGCCCAAGCAGCUGGUGCCCGCCCUUCCCCUCUGCAGUAUUCCAGUGACCGCAUCCCUCCCUCCGCUUGAGUGGCCACUCUCCCACCAGUCGGGGUCCUAUGAGCUGCGGAUUGAGGUGCAGCCCAAGCCACAUCACCGGGCCCACUAUGAGACAGAAGGCAGCCGAGGGGCUGUCAAAGCUCCAACUGGUGGCCACCCUGUCGUUCAGCUCCAUGGCUACAUGGAAAACAAGCCCCUCGGGCUUCAGAUCUUCAUUGGGACAGCCGACGAGCGGAUCCUUAAGCCCCACGCCUUCUAUCAGGUGCACCGCAUCACGGGAAAAACCGUCACCACCACCAGCUACGAGAAGAUCGUAGGCAACACCAAAGUCCUGGAGAUCCCUCUGGAGCCAAAGAACAACAUGAGGGCGACCAUUGACUGUGCGGGGAUCCUGAAGCUGAGGAACGCGGACAUCGAGCUGCGGAAAGGCGAGACGGACAUCGGCAGGAAGAACACGCGGGUGCGGCUGGUUUUCCGGGUGCACAUUCCAGAGGCCAGCGGGAGGAUCAUCUCCCUGCAGACUGCAUCCAACCCCAUCGAAUGCUCCCAGCGAUCCGCCCACGAGCUGCCCAUGGUGGAAAGACAGGACAUCGACAGCUGCCUGGUCUACGGGGGCCAACAGAUGAUCCUCACGGGACAGAACUUCACAGCCGAGUCCAAAGUCGUGUUUACUGAGAAGACCACAGAUGGGCAGCAAAUUUGGGAAAUGGAAGCCACGGUGGAUAAAGACAAGAGCCAGCCUAACAUGCUUUUUGUUGAGAUCCCUGAAUAUCGAAACAAGCACAUCCGUGCAUCGGUGAAGGUCAACUUCUACGUCAUCAAUGGGAAAAGAAAACGGAGUCAACCUCAGCACUUUACUUACCACCCAGUCCCAGCCAUCAAGACGGAACCCACCGACGAAUACGACCCCACCUUGAUCUGCAGCCCGGCCCACGGGGGCCUGGGGAGCCAGCCUUACUACCCACAGCACCCGAUGGUGGCUGAGUCCCCCUCCUGCCUCGUGGCCACCAUGGCGCCCUGCCAACAGUUCCGCUCGGGGCUCUCGUCCCCCGACGCCCGCUACCAGCAGCAGAACCCAGCGGCCGUCCUCUACCAGCGGAGCAAGAGCCUGAGCCCCAGCCUGCUGGGCUACCAGCAGCCGGCCCUCAUGGCCGCCCCCCUGUCGCUGGCGGACGCCCACCGCUCCGUGCUGGUGCACGCUGGCUCCCAGGGCCAGAGCUCCAGCCUGCUGCACUCCUCUCCGGCCAACCAGCAGGCCUCGCCGGUGAUCCACUACUCGCCCACCGGCCAGCAGCUGCGCUGCGGUGGCCACCAGGAAUUCCAGCACAUCAUGUACUGCGAGAAUUUCGCGCCCGGCACCGCCAGGCCCGGCCCGCCCCCCGCCAGUCAAGGUCAGAGGCUGAGCCCGGGGUCCUACCCCACGGUCAUUCAGCAGCAGAAUGCCACCAGCCAAAGAGCCGCCAAAAACGGACCCCCGGUCAGUGACCAAAAGGAAGUAUUACCCGCAGGAGUGACAAUUAAGCAGGAGCAGAAUUUGGACCAGACCUACUUGGACGACGAGCUGAUAGACACACACCUUAGCUGGAUACAAAACAUAUUAUGAAACAGAAUGACUGUGAUCUUUGAUCCGAGAAAUCAAAGUCAAAGUUAAUGAAAUUAUCAGGAAGGAGUUUUCAGGACCUCCCGCCAGAAACCAGACGUAGAAGAUGCCAUUAGCAAGCCACCUUCCGUAUCUGACCCCUCGGAGCCUUCCGCUGCCUCUCACCUUCUGUUCUCUUUCCUGUACAUCUCCUGGCCCGGAGGCCACACGCGGGACCAUGUUCUGGCAAAAAGCUGACCCUCGAUUGAGGAGCUCGCCACCUCUCUGUGUAAACACCAGGGAGAACGCUCUGCCUUUUUGAUUUUUGUUUUAAAUCCCAAAGAGCAUCUCGGUUGACUUUCAUGGUGUCCUUAAGUGCCUGCUGACCAAAAAAACCACAUUCUGCACAAGACAGCACGCCGCGACGGCCCCGAGAACCGACUGACCGGGGCUCAGGGCGUGGGCUGGGGUGGGGGUUGGAAGAUGUGGGCCGUGUCAUUAAACCCCAGCCCUGCGUUCAUUUUUCCAGGAAAAGGAGUUUUCAAACAGCAACCAAGGGAACGUGACCCAAGAGUCUGGCUUAUGGGCUGAAGAAAAACGGAAGCCGGACCGUCAUCCUUAGGGAUCGCCUGUUCCUGGCCACGGUUGGGCCACAGCGAAAGCCUUACUUUUGAGUUUUCUCAUUCUGAAGCACAAGUGGCCCCUAACAAGAUGGCCUGUUAAAACUCGGCGUUAAGUUAUGACACGUGUACACGUUAUUUUUUUUUCCUCUGCUUCAAAAAAGCUGGCUGGAGGGUGGGGCUCACUCCAGGCCAGCAGUUCCUCACCCCUGCAGCGGGCGGUUGGACUCGAGCAGGGACCGCAGGCUGCAGUGUUAACACCUCCGCACCCCUGCAACCUAAUGGCUUUCUGCUGGUCUCGCUUGCUUUCUUCCUAACGGCCAGAGUGCUUUUUUCCCCCCGUAAACUAGCGAGGAACAACAAUCUCAGGCAUGUGCAUUGAAUUUUGAGAAGGAAUUGAAGAGGAGCUAAAACCACCAAAAAAAAAAAAAAAAAAAAAAAAAAAAAAAAAAAGUGAAGGUAUUUUGGUUAAAUUGUGAGACAUGGCAAUGAGCAGGCCUAAGCAUUUCUUUUUCUAAGUGGGUUCCCCCGUGAGAAGGGCAGCGUUCCCUCUGGCCUCGACUCCACGUGGGACGCCAUCGCAGGCUGUGGCCCCCAAAGUUCAUUGGUGAUCUUUACCUGAAGCCCUUUCAAGCGUCCCUCGGUCCCCAAGACCUGUCUGCAUUAGCCGCCUGCAUCCCCAUCGAAGAGAACCAGCCCACGUGCAGUCCGCAGUUGGACACAGCUCUGCCCGGACCGCUUGUAUGGUGAUUGGCCCCCAAAUUCUGUCUCCACUGCGCACAUCGAGCCCUCACGAGCCUGCCUCCUCUGGUGCAGUUUCUGCAAACGCAGAAAACUCUUGAGUCCUCCGCAGGGGUGGGUUCUCAUCACCCAGAUGUGUUCCUGUUUGCAUGUACCGUGGACACCCCGGGACGAGCCAGGGAUUCGUUUUUGGCCAUUCGGUUUCUUCCCCCGUAAUCAAAAACAGAAUGCAGAGGUCCCGGCGCUCUUCGAAAGGCUCUGCUUUGUGAUUUCUCAGAUCUGCUAGGGAGAAGCGUAGGAAGAGAAUCCUGGCCGUUGAGGUCUCCCUGUGGCAUUUACAAGUCCUGGCUUCCUAGUCAAGAUUAUCCAGAGGUUAAACCUUCCCAACAGCUCUGCCAGGAGCGUGAGGCUUGGUGACCACAGCCCGGUGGGUCUGGUGCUCCAGAGGGUGGACAGAACGCCCAGGGUGUGACCUUUUAAUCGAGGCCUAGCAUUUGUUUUCCCCCUAACAACCGGGGACCUCUCUUCCACCCACCCCAAGCACAAAGUUUAGCAAAACCCUCUUUUACGCAAAUUGCCGUGGAGCUCCUGGGCUGUGAAAUUCUUCCUAAUUCACGAAAAGUUUCCUUACACCAGCAGCUUUACCCAAAGCAGUCUCUCCAGCAAUAUUGGACUUCGCUGGGACAGAGUUAGUGUUUGGUGAGAGAUCUGUUCUCACUUGACCUGGCUAGGAACCAUUUCCCUUUUUUUUUCUUUGCACGCGAGGGAUAUUGGCCUUCCUCAGUUAUCUGAAUGUUUUACCCAAGUGCCUUCCUGCUAUUCUAGCAAAGUCGCUCUGCUUCAUUGUGCCUGGAUGGGGCGAACAAGGGCUAACGCGUUUUCCAUCAAUCUUCUAGGUUAGUGAAAAGGGCCUCCUGCUAGUUCCAACUCUUGCACGAACCUGUGCACGUACGUGUGUGUGUAUAACGCACGCACAAGCUUUUUCUGAGACCACCUAGGCUGGCUAUUAGAGGAAGCCCUUUCAUAAACAACUCUACCAAAUAGCGAAGGAAAGAGAAGCAAAAAGCAUUAGUUUUGAGACAUAAACAGGCGAGAGAAUGUGUAUUAGGAACCGACAGCUAGCGAGAAAGUUUGGUCAGUAACAAAUGCCAGGAGGAGAUUUUGCCAAGAGGAAUUGCUCACAAAAUAUUUUCAGUCUGGGAAGAGGCAAUAGGAUCCUCUACAGAGAAGGAGAAAGUAAGGAUGUCUAAGUGGGAAAGGUGUGUGUGUUGCACGUGUGAGAAGGAUCUCAGGUGGAGGUUUGCACUUGCUACAUCCAAGGUAAUGUAAAUAUGUAGCAUUGCUAACAGGAAUCUAUGGUGUUGCUGAAUGUAGUAUAUUUCCAGAGUUUGCAAGUCUUCCUGUAUGUACAAAAAUACUGCUGCCUGAUAAUAUAUAAUAGCAACCCAAAGUAGUAGGUUAUUAAAUUUUAUUUUCUUACCUGUAUUUUUAUGCUUUUUAUCUGUCCCGAAAAUAUCACACACCCCUGUUGGAAUUAGAAAAUAUUUAUAAAUGGUUGAAAUCUCUUGCAAGUGUCUCUUUUUACAUAUGCUGAGGAUUUCCGCCUCCCCCCCCCACCCCGAGAAAGGAUGUAUCCUUGAAAAUUUGCGAAUCGUGCUAGCAAAAACACAAAACAAAAAUACAAACCCCCCCCCACAACCCCACCCCCCCAAAAAAGCCCUAUGAAACUACCCACCUCAGAGUUUAUCAGUCACCUGAGUCUUAGAAGAAAGCAUCUUUGGAGAAAGAAGGGGGAUGGCUUUGUGGAAAAAGGAACCAUCUGUUGCCAGAGAGGACACGGACUUCACCUCUGAGCCUGCGUCUGGUCACGGAGGAGAACUGUCUUGUAAAGUGUUUAGAUCCCCCAAAGAAGUGGCCUAGUAGGUGACCGUGAGUUAAAAACAAAACCGCCUGUGUGGGAACGGGAUUCUGAAAGACUUCGAAAAGUUCACAGAACCCUGGGUGCAGGCUAACGUUUACAGAGCUGACCAAACCCCGCUAGGUAACCCCUGUACGCAUUAUCCAAAGGACAUGCAGAGUUUUCCAGCAUAGACACACCCUAGAUGAAUCCGGAUGGUUCCUUCGAAAAACUGGAAAGGACUGACGGGGCCUUUCUCGUUUACAUCCAGUAGCCAAGACGUCGGUCUCAGGAAGUCCGUCUUGGCCAGCAUGGGAGCUGCAACAUUUAGAUUGGAAGCCGAUAUGUUCUGGUUGUUACAACAGACUAAAGGGAGGCUGAAUUUGUUUGUUUUCAUGUCAAAAAACGCUUCCCAAGUGCUUUCUUUUCACAAUUGAAAGACCGUCAGAGGUCCGGCUAACAAUUUUGUUCACGUUUACAGGAGGCAUGGGGGUUGGGACAUUCCUGACAAGGUCCGGCAUCCAUUUUUUUUUUUUUUUUUUUUUGGAGGGAUGACCCUUUAGCAGGUACCCAACACAUCCUAACCACCAGUCUUCCAAGCCCAGGGCUUAGGCCUUAAACCUCAUGGAGCCAAACCAGCCAAUGCACGGGUUUUCCUGCAUUCCAGCUAAAUGCUUAAGUGUCACAAAGGACUGUGAUUGCAAACAUCAGUUUCCCUCCGCUGUCGGGAGUACCUUCGGUUAUAGCCAACGUCACCAUGUUAACUCUGUUUGUUUAAAAACAAACGUUUCUGUGAUUGGUGAGCUGGAGAUGGUCCCUAAGCGAGCCCCUCUGAAAAGGAGACGGGAUGUUGGGUGUUGGAAAAAACGUUUAACACCCUGCCUUCAUGCAGCUGUCGGCAGCCCAAACACCUGCCCCGUCCCGGGUCGGACACAUCAGAAGCAAAGGAUACAUUUUCCAUUAGGGCACGGGCUUUCAGCACUGCCCUUGGGACAAGUUUAGACCCUGAGCACCUUGUCAAAGAACCUCCCUUACCCCCAUUGCCUCUACAGCCCUCAGAGGGGAGAAAAUGUUGACCAUGCCUUAAGUAGUUCUCCAACAAACAAUUCUCUCCAACAGGGUGGUGCUGGAAGGCUUAGGUUUUAAAAAUCCUGACUGUUAAGGAAGUUUGAAUACAUCACAUUCCUAUGCAAAAUGUUUUUAAUCUCCAGUUUAAUGUAGUUUAUUUUUGCUAUAUGUAAAGUAUUUUUAUACGGCUUAUAUCGUGAUAGUUUAGCAAUAAAACAGCUGAAAGCA